GAGAAAGACAAGAGCUUCGAAGCAUUUCAAUGGCGCUUCGCGCCCUGAGAUCAGGCCAUGGGCUUCUCCAAGCCAUCAGGUACUCUCUCCCCUCCUCUCCUCUUGCCCUGAAUCUUCCCAAAUCCGCAAUCUCCUCCCUCUCCGAACAAUCCGUUUUUGAAGAGCUAUGCGAGCUCCUUCCGAUCAAUCUCAAGCCUCUAAACUGUCGCCCUAUUGCACGAGAACCAGUUCUUGAGACUGAUCUGUCUAGGGUUUCCGAUGGUCUCCUCUCUCCUGCCGAGAAGCUUCGGGGAGUCUUCCUUCAAAAACUUACAGGCGUAUCCGUUGUUGAGUCUGCCCUCUCCUCCACCGGCGUUGAUCUCAACCUUGAGAUCUUCGCUGAUGUUGUUGAUAAGGGGAGCUUAGGAGGAGCCCCGAUGGUCGUUCUCUUUGAUUGGGCUUUGAAACAACCGAGAGUCUCAAAAUGCGUCGAAAUUUAUAAUGUGAUUCUCAAAGCUUUGGGAAGGAGAAAGUUCUUUACUUUCGUAGACGAGGUUUUGAUCCGGAUGAAGGCUGAUGAGAUAAAGCCUAAUUCGGAAACUCUAGAGAUAUUGAUUGAUAGCUUCGUUAGUGCUCGUAGGGUAUCCAAAGCAAUGGAAUUGUUUGGAAAAUUGGAAGAGAUUGGAUCAAAAUGUGACACUGAAUCUCUAACUAUAAUUAUGAGAAGUCUUUGUCACCGGUCCCAUAUUAGAGUUGCAAACUCCUUGUUUAACAAGAUGAAGGGGAGAAUUCCGUAUGAUAGUGUAGUGUAUAAUGAGAUCAUUGGAGGGUGGGCGAGGUUUGGUAGAGUGGAUAAAGUUGAGACCUUUUGGGCGACAAUGGUAGAUGAUGGGUUCAAUCCUGAUAAAGUGAGUUUUGCUCAUCUCCUUGAGGCAUUAGGCAGGGCUGGCCGGAUUGGUGAUGCCGUCGAUGUUUUUGAGCAGAUGAAAAGAGAGGUUUGUUGUAGGGAUACUGCCCAUUACAAUGCGAUGAUUUCUAAUUAUAUUUCAGUCCGUGAUUUGGAUGAAUGCUUGAAGUAUUACAAACGCAUGCCAGUAGAUGGAUGUUUACCAGAUAGAGACACCUAUGACAACUUGAUUAGUGCUUUUAUUAAGGUUCGAAGAGUAGCUGAUGCUCUUGAGCUGUUCGAUGAGAUGCUAGGUCAAGGGAUUUAUCCUAGUACUGGGAUGGUUACUUCUUUUAUCAAGCCUUUGUGUAGUUUUGGUCCUCCUCAUGCUGCUAUGGUGAUUUAUAAAAAGAGCAGGAAAGCAGGAUGUAAGAUAUCACUUAAAACUUAUAAGCUUCUCCUCUUCAGGCUUUCCAGAUUUGGUAAAUGUGGUACAGUGCUUAAGGUGUGGGAGGAGAUGCAAGAUAGUGGUCAUGCCUCUGAUAAGGAGGUUUAUGAAUAUAUUGUAGAUGGGCUUUGUAAUAUAGGGCGUGUUGAUAGUGCCGUAUUGGUAGUGGAGGAAUCAUUGCGAAAAGGCUUUUGUCUUAGCAAGUUUGUUUAUAGCAAAUUGAACAAUAAGUUACUGGAAAUGAACAAAGUUGAGACUGCUUACAAGCUCUUUCUUAAGGUUAAAGAUGCACGUGGUCUCGCUAAUUCACAGAGGUUUUGGCGUGCAAGAGGGUGGCAUUUUUGAACUUGGUUUAACAGGGUUAAUCAAAUGUUAGUCAUGGAAGUUCAAUGAAAUGUUCUAAAUUAAAAAUCCUUCCACACAAACAACUGCAGCAUGGCACAAGAUCCUGUUUCAAAUAAUAAAUACAGCUACAUUCAUCAUGAUG